GUUGCACACCAAGUUGAAAAUAAUUGUUUUUGUCUCAACAGUCAACACAAGAAUAAAAAAUAGUUUCUUGUACACUCAACCCUAUGAUACAGAAAAAGCAAAGCACAAAAACAAAACUUGAUUUGCUUGCAAAAGCUAAAUCUGUUUACAUGUAACAAAUAAUUGAAAUGGCAGAAACAACAGUGUCAUUUGUUUUAGAGAAACUCUGUAAUCUUGCAGAAAAAGAAGCAACUUUGCUUAUAGGUGUACAUGGAGACUUUCAAGAGAUCAAACAUGAACUUGAGAGCAUCAAAGCUUUUCUCAAGGAUGCAGAUACAAGAGCUGCUGAUGAAGGAGAAGGAGGAUCUUCUGAAGGAGUUAAAACUUGGGUGAAGCAGCUAAGAGAAGCAUCUUUUCACAUAGAAGAUGUGAUUGAUUGUUAUAGCAUGUAUUUGGUACAAAGGGAGAACUAUUCUGGAUGCAUAGCUCCAAUCAAAAAGGUAGCUCAAGUUAUCAAAACCAUGAAACAAAGGCAUAAGAUUGCUUCCGAUAUGAAAAACAUCAAGACUUCGGUUGGUGAAAUCAAAGAAAGAAGUGUGAGAUAUAAGUUUGUGGUUGACAAUGGACCAGGAAGCUCUAGAGGGACUACUGGAAAUGAAAGUUUUGGUGAUCUUCGAAUGGCUUCGCAUUUCAUUGAAGAGAACCAAGUUGUGGGAUUUGAGUCGCCAAGAGAUGAAUUGGUUAGUUGUUUGGUGGAGGGAACAAAUGAGCUCAUGUUGAUUUCUGUGGUUGGUAUGGGAGGACUUGGAAAAACAACUCUUUCUAAGCAUGUUUUUGAUAACAAGCUUGUGAAAAAGCACUUUGAUUGUCGAUGUUUCAUCACAGUUUCUCAAUCGUAUGAUAUGAAGGAGUUGUUGAUUGAUAUGGUAAAGAAGUUUUGCAAGGACAGCAAUGAGCCUACACCAAAGGGUCUGCAGGAGAUGGAUGACAUUACAUUGAUUGCUCAAGUGAGAGAAUACCUUGAAUCAAAAAGGUACUUAGUGUUUUUUGAUGAUGUUUGGAAAGAAAUUUUUUGUGAUGAGAUUGUAAAUGCUAUGUCUAAUAAUAAGAAAGGUAGUAGAAUCAUUGUGACCACUAGAACAAUGCAAGUAGCUGAAUAUUUUAGGAAAUCUUUUCAUGUUUAUAUUCACAAGCUACAACAUUUGUCUUCAAUGAAAGCUUGGGAACUGUUCUGCAAAAAGGCAUUUAGAUCUGAGGCUGGAAAUCUGUGUCCAAAAGAUCUUGAGAAAAUGUCCGAGGAAAUUGUUCAAAAAUGUGGAGGAUUACCACUGGCAAUUGUGGCCAUUGGUGGUCUUUUAUCAACAAAAUCUAAAACCAUUUUUGAGUGGGAAAAGGUGAGAAAAUAUCUGAGAAUAGAGUUAGAGAACAAUACACAUCUGACUGGUCUAAUGAGGAUAUUAUCCCUUAGUUAUGAUGAUUUGCCUUACCAUUUGAAAUCAUGUAUGUUAUAUUUUGGUAUAUAUCCUGAGGACUACGUCAUCAAACGGAAAAGAAUUACUCGGCAAUGGAUGGCUGAAGGGUUUGUUAAGAAUGAGCACACAAGACCAUUGGAGGAAGUUGCGGAAGAGUACAUGACAAAGUUGAUAAAUAGAAGUUUGGUUCAAGUUUCCAAAGAUGGUUUUGAUGGGAAAGUGAAAAGUUGUCAUGUUCAUGAUUUGAUGCGCGAAGUGAUCAUCAGAAAAGUGAAAGAUUCAAGCUUUUGCCAUUUGAUGCAUGAAGGUCAUGAACAAACCAUGGACGGAACAGUUAGGCGCUUCUCUAUAGCAGCUAACCCAAACAAUGUGUUGACCAGUACUGGUAACUCAGGAAUUCGCGCUGUAUUUGUUUUCGACAAAGGAGAACUGGAUGAACAUUUCAUGGAUGGAUUAGUUUCCAAGUUCAAGCUUUUGAAAGUACUUGAUUUUGAGAAAUCUCGGUUGAAUUAUGUUCCUGAUAACUUAGGGAACCUUUUCCACCUAACGUACCUGAACCUGAGUCAUACGAAAGUUAAGGUUAUUCCUAGAUCCAUUGGUAAGCUACUGAACUUAGAAACCUUGGAUUUAAGGCAAACUCAAGUGCGCGAGUUACCAAAAGAGAUGAAGAAGCUCACAAAGCUGAGACUUCUUCCGGUUUAUUACAGAAAAUAUGAAGGACAUUAUUCCAUGCUGAACUUUACAGAUGGUGUGCAAAUGCAAAAAGGUAUCGGGUGUUUGAUAUCUUUACAAAAGCUUUACUUUUUGGAAGCAGAUCAUGGUGGAAUAGACCUUAUCGAAGAGCUCAAAAAGUUGAAACAGUUAAGGAAGUUAGGCAUAAGGCGUGUGCGGAGUGAAUAUGGUAAUGCAUUAUGCAAUACAAUACAACAGAUGAACCAUCUUGAAUCUCUGAAUAUUACUGCUAUAGCGGAGGAUGAAAUUCUUGACUUGGAUUUUAUAUCAACUCCACCUAAUCUUAAAGUGCUCAACUUGAAAGGUAGACUAACAAAGUUGCCUAAUUGGAUUCCAAAACUCCAAUAUCUUGUGAAGUUAAGGCUUGGCUUAUCUAACUUCGAACAUGAUCCACUAGACUCUUUGAAGAACUUGCCAAAUUUAUUGAGGUUGAAUCUGUGGGAUGAUGCAUUUUCUGGUGAUAAUUUGCAUUUUGAAGUUGGAGGGUUUCUUAAGCUGAAGGAACUUGAUCUCACUAGAUUGAAUAAACUAAGUUCAAUCACUAUAGAGAAGGGUGCUUUACUUGGUCUUGAUCAUUUCAGAUUUAACAACAAUCCUCAGUUGAAGGUGGUUCCACAAGACCUUAAACACUUGGAAAACCUUCAAUUCCUUGGAUUUGCUGAUAUGCCACCUGAAUUGGUUGAAAGCAUUGAUCCACGCAAAGGUGGAGAAUUCCAUUCAGUAAUCAAGCAUAUUCCUCUAGUACUCAUUCGUCAGAAAGUCGGAUCAAGAUUUCAUGACUAUGAGUUGUACCCUAUUCCUACUCUAUCCAAUGUCUGAAAUAUCAAGAUACAAAUUCUCCAUGUAGCUGCUCAG